AGUUCCUGUUUUCACGGCUUCAAUACCUGUUCAGAAUUCGGUUCUACGGGACAGAAACUGCACACGGUAGACAGGCACUGUUUUUUCCCCGAACUACGCUGAAAACAACAAAAAAAGGUGGCACACCUCGCAUUAAUGCUGGAGAAUAAAGAAUUUAGCUAGAACGUAAAAUGGAAUUACAGCGGCUCAGAUGUUUUCGCUUAUUACUGAGAAUGCAGCUGUUGCCUUUUCACUUUUAUUUUAUAACAGAAACGUUUUGAUGAAGAAUUAAAAAAUUAGAUAGUUAUGAAGUGGCGUGGAAUAAUUUCAUUAGUGUUACUCUUCAUAAGAUUCACUGACAGCGGAGCACAUUCUUUGAGCAGGCGGGUAGUGAGAGAAGCCAAGGAAGCCGAUGAUGACUGCAUAUGGAACCUGACAGUUGCAGGCAGUGGAGGUACUUUGACCAGCCCCAAAUAUCCUGAUAAUUAUCCGAGUAAUGUAGACUGUCGUUGGCAGCUGACAGCGACAGAACCCAAUGCUACCAUUUACCUCAGAAUUGACAAACUGCAUAUUGAGCCGGACACGGACUGCAAACUGGACUACUUACAGGUCUACCUCGGGGCCUCAACGCUUGCACCUUCUUUGGGCCCCUUCUGUGGCAACAUCAAUGACAGAGUAUUAAAGACAAACUCUUCCAAGCUUCUCCUUGUAUUCCAUUCUGAUCCUGUCUAUGAGGAUAAAGGCUUUGCUAUUGACUACUUCACGCAGACUCAAAAAGAUUGUCAGACAUCAUUGACAGAAGGCUCGGGUGUUUUAAGAAGUCCCGGAUUUCCUGAGAAUUAUCCAGAUAGUAUAGAUUGCUGGACUUUAAUUACUGUCAACUCAAAUAAAAAGAUUACAUUAUUCUUUGAUACUUUAGACCUCGAAUAUGGAGAGAAUUGCACAUUUGAUUAUGUAAAAAUAUUUGAUGGGGCAACCCGAGAUUCUCCUGUCUUGGGAAGUGUUUGCUCUCAUUUGAGUGAAACAAAAUUUGAAUCUUCAAAUAAUUUUUUGCUUAUACAUUUUCAUUCGGAUGAAUCAGUCAAUAAAAGAGGUUACCGAGCACACUACUCUUCCAUUGACAAAAGAAGUUCACCCAUUGGAGACUGCUUAUGGGAAAGUGAUGAAAGAAAUGGCACUAUUGCUAGUCCAAAUUAUCCUUCCAAUUAUCCAAGUUUCUCUAAUUGUAGCAUAUGGCUGCAGGCUCCUCAGGGAGAGACAAUACUUCUAAUUUUUGAUGCACUGCAGUUAGAAAUGGAAGCAAAUUGUACGUAUGAUUAUCUGCAAAUCAAAGAAGGUCCUCCAUCAAAUUCUAGCACCAUUGGAAGGUACUGUGGAAGAGGGAAUGAACCUAAAAAUUUGACUACUAGAGGUAACGAAGUGGAGCUCAUUUUCCGUUCUGAUGAUUUUGCAGAGUUCUCAGGUUUUAAAAUUAGAUACCAAUUCCUCAAAAAUGAGACUGAUACAGAAAACGCACGUCCAGAAAAUGUAAGGGGCUCUACUGCAGUAAAGAAUUCAUUUCUGAAUAUUCCUCAGAAUGCUACAUUAUCAAAAGGAUCCUCGCACAUGAUGCACUGUAGUGCACGUGAUCUAAAUGCAAGAAUACGGUGGCUGAAAGGUGAUCAUUUUCUUGCUGGUGGAAAUCCAUUGCCAGGCCUAAAGAUGCUUUCUAAUGGUACCCUCUGGAUACAAAGAAUGGAUCAGCAUUUGAGUGGCAUGUAUACAUGCGUUGCUGUUUCCCCUGACGACACCAUUUCUGUGCAUGUAUAUGUGCGCCUUGAAAAUGAAUCAAGUAGCAGUAACUCAACGUGUGAAAUAGUAUUUCGAAAAAUUCCUAAGGAUUCUUCAUUUGCGGAGGGCGAGUUUGCACAUCUAGAAUGCCUAGCAGCAGGAACACAUGUGCAAUUAUCAUGGGAAAGAAAUGGAGAGCCACUCGAAAGAAAAGAACACAUGACUCUUCUAAAGAACGGAUUUCUAUUCCUGGACAAAGUGACACUUGCGGAUACAGGAAUUUAUACAUGUGUAGCCUUUGAUGAAGCAGCUAACUGCCAGAAACGAGCAUCUGCAUUUCUUCAAGUGAGUAAGAGAGCAAAUAUUGAGGAAAUUUGUGGGAAACCUAAAGUUGGUCAACCAUCUAAUGAUGUACCACUGACGCAACAUGGGAAGAUUAUAGGUGGUCAUAAUACAAAGAAAGGUGCUUAUCCGUGGCAGGUCAUGCUAUGGGAACCAAAUUUAGAAUCAUUCUGUGGAGGAUCCUUGUUGAAUGAAAGAUGGAUCGCAACUGCAGCACACUGCUUUGUAAAUUACAGAGGAUUACGAUGGGACAGAAUUGUCAUUAAGAUUGGCAAACAUGACCGUGAAUAUGAAGAGCAGGAAGAGUUCAGGACAAGUAUUGCAGACCCAUCCUCCAUUGUUGUGCAUCCAGCAUAUGACAAAUUGACUUUUGAUAAUGAUCUCGCGCUGGUUCGUUUGAGAGAUCAUGUCCAAUUCACUGAUUAUAUUCUGCCAAUUUGUCUCAGCAACAAAGAGCUAGGUGAGAGAUUACUAACAGGAGAUGGGGAUACCUCCCAAGUUAGAAUGGGUACAGUCACUGGAUGGGGAAAACUAAAGCAGCAUGGACUCUCUCCACGUUUCUUACAAGAGAUCCGCCUACCAAUAGUUGAUCAAAAGACAUGCAUGGCAUCUACAAAUUACACAGUAAGUCGCAAUAUGUUUUGUGCAGGCUAUGCUCAGGAAAUAGUAGGAGAUGCUUGUCAUGGAGACAGUGGAGGGCCAUUUGUUAUGAAUUACCAAGCCAGAUGGUAUUUGAUAGGUGUUGUCAGUUGGGGAGAAGGCUGUGGAAAAGCUAACAAGUAUGGUUUUUAUACCAGGAUACCAAACUACUUACCCUGGAUAAAAGGAAUACUGAAAUCUUAAAUACUGAGCACACAAAAGAAUUCAAAAGCUACAACUGUAAAUAUUAUUCUUAUGUUUUCAGUGUAUUGUUAAACAGAUUUUGUACACUUUUAUUAAAAUGCUAUUUUUAUACUUGC